AUGCCUCGUCCAACCAACCGAGCCGAAGUUCUCUCGCGAUUUCGCAAAACAAUCGCCGAUGGCUCAAUUAUUGUUGGAGCUGGCGCUGGGAUUGGCCUGUCCGCCAAAGCAGUCGAGGCCGGCGGCGCCGAUCUAAUCCUCAUCUACAACUCGGGUCGGUUCCGUAUGGCUGGCCACGGCUCUCUAGCCGGAUUGAUGCCCUACUCAGAUGCCAAUAAGGUCGUUGUCGAAAUGGCUCAAGAGGUCCUCCCCGUUGUGCAAAAUGCGCCCGUCCUGGCUGGCGUGUGUGGAACUGAUCCAUUCCGCGAGAUGCCCUCUUUCCUCGCAGAGCUCAAAAGACUAGGUCUAGUGGGUGUGCAAAACUUCCCAACGGUCGGACUUAUAGAUGGCCAGUUUCGACAGAAUCUCGAAGAAACAGGGAUGGGAUACGAUCGCGAGGUGGAAAUGAUUGCUGAAGCUCAUCGGCAAGAUCUAGUCACAACGCCUUACGUUUUCAGUAAGGAGGACGCGAUCAAGAUGGCGCGGGCGGGCGCGGAUGUUGUUGUCGCGCAUGCGGGACUCACGACGUCAGGCUCGAUCGGUGCACUUAGCGGUCGGUCGCUGGAAGAUUGUGUGACAUUCGUACAGGAGAUUCGGGAUGCUGCAGCGGGUGUUAACCCCCAUAUCCUGGUUUUAUGUCACGGGGGCCCAAUUGCGCGACCGGCAGAUGCGGAAUUUAUCCUUUCUAGGACUGUGGGUGUGCAUGGCUUCUUCGGGGCGAGUAGUAUGGAGCGGUUACCGGUGGAGAUCGCUAUCAAGGAGAACGCGGAAGAAUUCAAGCGAUUGAAGCCGCGGUUGGAGUGA